CACAUCAUCAUUACUUAGGAGAAAUAUAAGUUUGUUCAUAUCAGAUAGUAGCGAUUUUUUUACACAUUUCAGAUGAAAUAAGCCCUCAGAGCAUGUUGUUCAUUUUCGAUCUCCCCAGAGUCACAGUACCUGAUAGAUAUAGCUAUAGGCUCACCCGAUAACCUCCUCCACCUCGCCAGAUAAACUACGCACUAACCUAUUAUUCUCUAUAAGGCUACUGAGGUCAAGAGACUGAAAAUGCAAGCGUUAAACGACAAAGACUGUUUUACUCUUUGUCCAUUCUUCUGUGUUUUCUUGCUCUGUUUUAAAAAAAAAGUAUGGAAGAUGAGGACUGGCUGGACUAUGUGCCACUGGAAAUUAAAGACUCACUGGAGCCAGACGAUACUGAGGAACUGUUGUGCUUCAGGAAGAGAGGUAGAGGAAGCAUGGAGCAUCGCUUUGUACCACGACUACCGCUGCGGGCAAUGAUUCAGAGGAUGAAGCUCUUAGAUGAGUCAUCAAACUCUGGGAGACAGCAUGGGAGUAGAGGUAGAGCAAGGAUUUUACAGGAUAGAGCGAGAUCUAACAGGCCUCAUGGAUUACACCAGAAAAAGCAGGAGAAAGUGGCACCAAAAGUUGAAAGGGAAGUAACUGAAGAUGCUCCAGUUGUAGAGUCAUCAAAAGACAGAAAAGAGGAUAUGUACAUUCAUCAUUGGAAUCAGAAUGAUUUUCCUAGUCUUGGGAUAGAGCAAACUGUGGAAGGUUCUCCAAAAAAGAAAUGCAAACAUAUGACCAGUGGCUCGAAACGGAGUAAAAAAUCCAGUGAUGCAAAAGAGACAGAAAGAGUUACGGAAAUGGAAAGCUGUAGAGAAGAGUCACGUGCACUAUGUAUUUCUGAAAAUUUGGUGCAAGAACCAGAUGUUGAAACAGAAAUUGUAAAACCAAAAACUGUUAUUAAGAAAAAAUUUGAUUUUACCAAAGCAAAUAAAAAACUUACAAGAAUUUCCUAUUGCCAGUCAGGACUUAAGAUUCUAGUUUGA